CACCGAGACAUCGAGAUCCUCAGCCAGACCUUCGCGCGGGUGAUGGACGGCAAGGACAGCGUCAUCAAGUCCCUGGUCACAGAGCUGGAGGAGGCGGAGGAGCAGCACGCCCGGGCCCUGAGCAGCCACCUGCACAACAUCGACCGGAGGACCAUCCUCGAGCAGCACGAGCGGGAAAGCCGCUACCUGCGAGACCUGGCGCUGGCUGCCGAGCAGAAGUAUGCCGAGAACGACCACGAGGCCACGCUCCACUUCCAGAGCACCUGGGAUGACAUCAGGAGCAAGAGCCUGCAGGAGAAGCAGUACAGCCGCCUGCAGCUGGGUGGGAAGGCAGAGGAGCUCUGGGAGCAGUUCCAGUGGGCCGUGCAGGGCUACACAGAGGCCACCGAGCACCAGAAAAUGGCUUUUGAGGCGCUGAAGCAGAAGGACGAGAAGAGCUCCAGAGAGAUAGAGAUGCAGGCGAAGAAGCUGCAAAAGCUCCAGGACUCGGUCGCAGCCACCAAGGGCCGGAUCGCGGCUCACCUCCAGGAGAGCAAGGAGCGGAACCGGCGCACGUGGGAGGAGAAGGAAAGGGUCCUCAGGCAGCUCCAGGAGCUCAAGAGUGAGAUGAACCAGGCCAGGGCUAAGGCCCACAGCAGUCUGGCCAGGCUCAGCCUGCAGAGCGGCGCUGCCCUGAAGGCGCUGGCACGGGUGGUGGAG